AUGAUUUGCUCAAAAUUAGACUUAUUUUCUUAACCUUUUCUUUUCAAAAUAAAUAAUAACUAACUUAAGAAAGGAACUAUAUAAGGAGUUAUUACUUCUUUAGGGAUUUUCGGAAUAAUGAUUGCUUAUUUUGUAUACUUGACAAUGCAAUAUUUCGGUAAUAAAUUUGAUCCCAUAUUUAGAUCCCAAAGUUUUGUUACUAAUGAUUUAAUUGAAAUACCUUUUCAUGAGGAUUUGGUAGCAUUUUAAUUAAUUCAAAGUCCUGGAAAAACAAUAGAGUAGUACUAAAAAGAAAUGAAUUUAACAUAUGUAGUUCCAUUGGCAACUAUUGGAUACUAAAACAAAACCUAAUAUGAUAAUUUUUAUGUUAAAGUUAUCGAAUGCUCAAAUCCUCAACUAUAAGGAUACCAUUGCUUAGAUUUUUCAAACUAAACAAUUAAGAAUUUAGUAGUAAAUACAAAUUAACAUAUUUUUUCUGUUAUAUCAAUAUAUAUUUACUCUUGUUAAGUCAUAGAUAACAUCAAAACGUUUAUGCCAAACAACUGCGCUAAUUAAACUGAUAUUGAUGAGUUUAUUGAUGGUUCAUAUACAUAACUUCAUCUAAAGCUAUUUACUUAACAAUAUAACACUACAAGCAAAUAAGUAUAAGUUAAUUUUAAGAAUUACAUGAUGUUUCCCUAAUCAUCUUAAUACAUUAUAAAUUCACAAAAUAUUUAAAAUUAAAUAACAAAAGUUAGAGAUGGUUUUGUUAUUUAAUAAGAAGAAAAAUAUACUGCACCUAUCUAGUAUGUCUUUGAAAAUUAAUCUUUUCCAAACUAUGAGAAUCCUUACAUUUAAGUCAACCUUUAAAUCGAUGAAGUCAUAUAGUACACGUCUAUAUAGUUUAGCACUUUUCCAGCAAUUUUAGCACUAGUUAAUAGCGCUUUCAGUCUUCUAUUACUGUUAGGAUUUUUUUGUAGAAGUUUUGCUAAUAAGUCGAUUUUGCAAGAUUUUUUUUGCGUUUUUUUGUAAAAUAUGCAUCAAAAUCUCUAUGAAGAAGUCUUGAAACAAAAUAAAUUAUUUGAAUAAAAGGCAACCACGACUUAAAUUGAAACUAAAGCAAACAAAUUAAUUAUUGGUUAAGAAAUAGCUGAGAGAGAAGUAGCUAAUAAUAUCAAUAUACAUUAAUUUACAGCUAAAUCUAUAGUUCAAAUCGAAUAAAAUGUACAAACAUAAAUAAAUACAACAAUGAAUAACAUUUAAGAAGAAAUUUCAAAGUCAGAAGAUGAUAAAAAAACAAACGUUGAAAAUUAAUCAAUCUAAAUAAAAAAAUAUUCAAAAUAAUUAAAUAAUUAAAAAACAGAUAAUAAAAAUUAGAGAACUAACACAGAUGUUUUUUAAUACAAUAAUACUAUACUGACAAGUGCUUCAAACGAUAUUAAAAAUUAAAAUGACUCUUAUCAAGAAGAUAUUCUUAAAGCGUCUCCAAGGAUAUAACUAAGUCCUCUUAAAACCGACCAGUCUGAGAUUUAAACAUAAAGAGGUUUGAUAUGUCUAAGUAAAAUUCCCUACUCUGCAAGUAUAGUUUAAAAAAGUGAAAGACAAACUAAUACUUCUCUAUGUUAAAAAGAUGCCACAAUGUGUCUUACUCAAAACUAAUUUCAACAAUCUAAUCAGAUAAUCUAACAAAAUUAACAAAAAAUCUAAGAUAAUUAAAAGCCUAAGCUUGAUAAGAAAGACAUACUAUCAACCCCAAAGAGACGUAUUAAUACAAUAGAGUAUUAUAUCUAAAAGUUUAGGACAAUACAAGAUUUAAAUAUUUUCCAAAAGUUUACUCAAAUAAAUUUUGGCUACAGAUUUACACUCUAAAAGCUAAAUUGCUUCAGAAAGAAAGACGAUGAAGAUUAGGACCAAAAGAGUUUAAGCGUCUAAUAAAAAACGUUUAUAGAAUAGUAAGUGCUAAAAAGUAUGAAUGUAUUAGAAUUAUUAAAAGAUGUGAUAUUUAUAAAGAAAGCAAUUAUGAUACUCCUCACUAAAGACUAAUUAGCAGCAAUAAAGCUUGUUGGCUAUACUGAAAAUUACAUACAAGAUACCUAUCUAUAAAAAAAUGCCGGAAAACACUAAAGAUAGAAUACUUAUUUUGAAAAACAGCUAGAUAUUUUUGAUUCCACAGAGUUAUCAUGCCAAUACAUUAAAAAAUUUAUCUAAAAAUGCAACAGUAGUAAAACUUUAGAUAAAGUCGACGAAAGGAUUUUGUCUUCAAUUAAUAAGAAUACAUAUAAUUUAUGUUGA